AUCUAACUUUAACUCUGCAAAAUGAAACUUUCGUGGUCGCUUCUGUUCCCGGGACUUUUAGUCUGCGCACUUUUCCUCCUGACAAACUGUGAGGAGCAGCGGAUCCCCGAAGGGAAACUUCUAGUCAUGACGGUUGCAACCAAGGAGACCGAUGGCUUCAGGCGUUUCAUGGGGUCAGCCAAACACUUUAACUACACUGUCAAGGUCCUAGGUCGGGGUCAGAAAUGGAAAGGAGGCGACUACAUGUCAGCCCCGGGAGGAGGUCAGAAAGUACGACUCCUUAAAGCGGCUCUGGAGGAGUUUAAGGACGAGGACCAAAUCAUCCUCUUUAUUGACAGCUACGAUGUGGUUUUCGCCUCGGGUCCCAAAGAGCUACUCAAGAAGUUCCAGCAGGCCAGACACAAGGUGGUGUUCUCCUCUGAAAGCCUGAUCUGGCCUGACAGACACCUGGAGGACAAGCACCCUCACGUCAGGGAGGGCAACAGAUUCCUGGGCUCAGGGGGUCUGAUGGGCUACCUCCCCAACAUCAAGGCGAUGGUUGCUGAUUGGACUGGAGAAGAUGGUGACAGCGAUCAGCUGUUCUUCACCAAGAUUUACAUUGAUCCAGUAAAACGAAAAUCCAUAAAUAUCACACUGGACAGCAAAUGCAGAUUGUUCCAGAACCUCCACGGAGCCCUCGACGAGGUGGUGCUGAAGUUUGAGGACGGACGUGUACGAGCGAGGAACGUGCUGUACGAUACGCUGCCUGUCGUCAUCCAUGGGAACGGACCAACCAAGCUCCAGAUCAACUACCUGGGUAACUACAUCCCCAACACCUGGACGUUUGAGAGCGGCUGCACAGUAUGUCACGAGGACCUCCGCCCGCUCACAGCUCUUAAGGAGAGCGAGUACCCGCUGGUGCUGAUCGGCAUCUUCAUCCAGCAGCCCACGCCCUUCGUCUCAGUGUUCUUUGAACGUCUGCUGAAGCUCCAGUAUCCCAAGAACAGGCUCAAACUCUUCAUUUACAACCAGGAAGUUCACCACGAGCCUCAGGUCAGCUCCUUCCUGAAGGAUCAUGGGAGCCUCUAUCAGGAUGUGAAGUUCGUCGGACCAGAGGAGCAGAUGGACGGAACCGCCUCCAGAAACCUGGGCUUUGACAUGUGCCGGAAGGACGGGGCCUGUGAAUAUUUCUUCAGCGUGGACAUCGAAGUGGUUUUACAGAACGAGAACACACUCAAAAUUCUCAUUGAACAAAACCUUCCGGUUGUGGCACCGAUGAUAACUCGAUCUGGUCGCCUGUGGAGCAACUUCUGGGGAGCCCUCAGUGCUGAGGGCUACUACGCCAGAUCAGAGGACUACGUGGACAUAGUUCAAGGACGCAGAGUGGGUGUGUGGAAUGUCCCGUACGUGUCCAGCGUGUACCUGGUGAAGGCCGGCCUCCUGCGAUCAGAGCUCACGGACUACGAGCUUUUUACCUCUCACCUAUUAGACCCCGACAUGGCUUUCUGCUUCAGCCUUCGCAGCAAGGGGAUCUUCAUGCACGUCACAAACAUGCACACCUUCGGUCGUAUCCUGUCAACAGAAAACUAUCAGAGCGGCCAUCUUCAUAAUGACCUGUGGCAGAUCUUUGAAAACCCAGUGGACUGGCAGGAGCGCUACAUUCAUGAGAACUACACUCGCAUCAUGAAGGACAAGCUGAUUGAAACUCCGUGUCCUGAUGUGUACUGGUUCCCAGUUUUCACUGAGCUGGCUUGUGACCACAUUGUUGAAGAAAUGGAGCACUUUGGGAAGUGGUCAGGAGGACGUAAUGAGGACACUAGAAUCCAGGGUGGCUAUGAGAAUGUCCCCACGGUCGACAUCCACAUGAAUCAGAUCAACUAUGAAAAGGAGUGGCACAAAUUCUUGCUGGAGUACGUGGCGCCCAUUACAGAGAAAAUGUAUCCUGGUUACUACACCAAGUGUGCCACGCCCUUGAACUUUGUGGUGAGGUACAAACCUGACGAGCAGCCCCUGCUCGCCCCUCACCACGACGCCUCCACUUUCACUAUUAACAUAGCUCUGAACAGCAAAGGCGUUGACUACCAGGGUGGUGGAUGCAGGUUUCUUCGCUACGACUGCUCCAUUCAGUCUCCUCGGAAAGGCUGGGCCCUCAUGCACCCGGGCCGCCUCACCCACUACCACGAAGGCCUGCCGGUCACCAGUGGUGUCCGGUACAUCGCCGUGUCCUUUGUGGAUCCCUGAACUCCCAAAGACCGCAUGCAUCACCGACUUCUCCAGACCAACCAGGACACCCUGAUCCUGCAGUGUCACAGCUGCUCGCUAGCUUUUCCUCUUUUCAUCACUACAUC